UGCAGUUCGGGAUGUGGCGCUUAUGACGUCAUUUCGACCGCGUUGGAAGCGCUGCCGGGGCUGAGCGUGACGUGGCAGAGACGGAUAGAGGCAGCGAGGCGAAUAUCCGCCGGGCACACACACGCACAGCAAAGCUCACCGCUUCCCACAGCAACAGCCAUGGGCCUCACCAUCUCCUCGCUCUUUUCACGGCUGUUCGGCAAGAAGCAGAUGCGAAUUCUUAUGGUCGGUUUGGAUGCUGCUGGCAAAACGACAAUUCUCUACAAGCUGAAGUUAGGAGAGAUUGUGACAACCAUCCCGACCAUUGGUUUUAAUGUGGAAACGGUAGAAUACAAAAAUAUCUGCUUUACUGUGUGGGAUGUUGGUGGCCAGGACAAAAUCCGACCACUCUGGAGGCAUUAUUUCCAAAAUACACAGGGACUCAUAUUUGUUGUAGAUAGCAAUGAUAGGGAGAGAAUCCAAGAAGCCGCAGAGGAGUUACAAAAAAUGCUUCAAGAAGAUGAGCUGAGAGAUGCAGUGCUACUGGUAUUUGCAAAUAAGCAGGAUCUGCCCAACGCAAUGGCCAUCAGCGAGAUGACAGACAAAUUGACACUUCAGACUCUCCGUAACAGGACUUGGUAUGUGCAAGCAACAUGUGCUACUCAGGGAACUGGUCUUUAUGAAGGGCUCGACUGGCUUUCAAAUGAACUCUCAAAGCGUUAAGAAAAAGGAUGUGUUCUUCAACCAAGGACACAUUGAAUUGAAGAGGUUUAGACUUGUAACAUCCAAACUUGUUUGCAUCUUGGUUAUAAAAUGGUAUAAGGAACUGGUAUGGGCAACAUGCUCUAAAUUGUAAAGAAUAUUUUGUUGCCAGUUACUGAGUUUUCGUGUUGCCACCAGAACAAUAUGGGUAGGCUUUAAAUGAGAAAUAAUAAAUUUUCCCUUAUGUGAAAGUGUUUUUUGGUUUUACUUAUCCCUUUCUUCCCAAGCCUACAUGCCUGGAUAUAAUUAUUGUGAAGCUAUAGAAUUGAAUGCUUUUUUUUUUUUUUUUUUUUUUCCUGUUAUAUUUUCCCCUCAAUACCAAAUGCCAUUUUUCAAGUUGGCUUCAACUCCGACGUGCAACGUUCUGUCGUUUUUACUUUGUACUUUGCAUAAAGAAGUUGUUGAAAUAAUGAUUUUAAAUGUGUCUCCUAGGCUAACUUAGUUUUGAGUCAUUCCUUAGAAAUUCUGCUGAUUUAAAAAGCAUAGCAUUCCAUACAUAUUUAUUUCUCUUCCUUGCCAAAAAAAUACAGCUCGUGCCAGCUGAAAUACAAAACACUAUAUACAAAUUGCCUUCACCAAUAAAUGUUUUUAACCAUGUCGUAAGACAGACUCUUUCUUGCAGAUUAAUCUGGGUGGGAAUAAAUGAAAAAAAAAAUCCUAGCUAGCUGGAACGAGCAUGAAAUUAAAACCCUUUGGUACAAGAAAUGCAACAAAGGGUGUCUGUUUAUUUUAUUACCCCACAGACUGUCUCACUUUAAAAUUUUAGUUUUUAUGUUGCAUGUGCUUUUUUGUAUCAGCUUGACUGUUCAUGCCCGUUGUAUCAUAGUUCUGCUGAUGUUUUUAUUUUAUUGGUGAACAUAUCUUCAUAAUGCAGUUUUUUUUUUUUUGGUUUUUUUUUUUGGUUCUUUGGUUGAAAAUCCUCAAACUGAAAACUGUAAGUUCUUCAUAACCCACUAAGAAUUAUUCCUAAUAAAAUUAUAAAAAACGA